AGGAGGCCUGGGCGCGUUGGCUAAUCUGCGUCAUGGCUGAAGUCCCAGAAGAUUAUGAUUCCGGCCCGGGUGAAGAAGAAGACCUGCAGUCUGAAGGACCAAAACUGCCUGACUCUCUUAUGACGACUAAAGAUGCCGAACCAGACACCAUGGCAGAAGCAGGUCCAGAGCUUCCUGUAGAAACUGACGACGAGCCACAGCCAGAGACGGAGGAAGAGGACUUUAAAGAGGCUCCAGAGAAUGCUAAGGAUGUAUACCCAUACCUAAAACCAACCAAAACAACUGAGGAAGAGAUUCUCAACAAGUCCAAGACAGACCUUUAUAGCGAUACUGAGUUAGGGAUUCCCCAAGAGGUAGAGUUGGAGACAUCCAGACAGAUAGGAGGUGAGUUUUUCAAGGAUUUGGAGAUCCCUGUGGAUGAAAAGCUUGAGGACCAAGAGGAGGAAGCCAAGCCAGAUGUUACAGAGGAUGUACUCAUACAGUCAGCUAAGGAAACAGAGCUAGAUCUACCAAAGGAAACCAAGUCUGAGGUUCCAGGGGCAGCAAUCAGUGAGACAAGAUUAGUGUUAACAGAGGAGACCAAACAGGAGGUUCCAGACGAAUCACUCAGAGAGCAAUAUAAAGAGACAGGUCUAGAACCUGCAGAGAAGACCAAACCUGAAUUUCCAAGUGAAAAACCAAGAAAAUCAAUUGAAGAGGCAGGUCUACAGCCAUCAAAGAUGACCACAGCAGAGAUUACAGAGAAGACACAAAGUAAGUCACCUAAGAAUAGGACAGAACCACCUGGGGAGGCCAAACCAGAGUUUCCAGAAGAGAAACUAAGUAUGUCUACUGAGGAAAUACAGAGAAAGUCAACUGAAGAGAAAAUUCCAGAGCCACUAGAGAUUGAAUCAGAGUUUUCUGAGGAAAAAUCAAGAAAACCAAUUGAAGAAGCAGUUCUAGAGCCAUCAGGAAAGACCAAAUCAGAAGUUCAAGGUGAGACACAAAGAAAGUCAACUGUGGAGAAAGUUCUAGAGCUACCAGAGGAGACUAAACCAGCAGAUCAAAAAGAUAAGCAGAAAAAAUCAACAGUGGAGACAGGACUAGCACCAUCACAGAAGUCCAAAUCAGAGAAGACACUAAGACAGUCAACUGACGGGAAAGGUCCAGAGCCACCAGAACAGACUAAACCAGAGUUUCCAAAGAAAGAACCAAGAAAGUCAACUGAGGAAAUAGGUCAAGUGCCACCAGAGAAGACCAAACCAGAGAUGCAAGAGAAGACACAAACAGAGCCAAAUGAGGAGACAGAUUUAGAGUUACCAUAUAAAGCCAAACCACUUCUUAGAAGAAAGACCCACGUAGAAUUUGCCAGCGAAGAUAGGCCAGAACCAAUCAAAUUUAAGCAUUCUGUAGACAAAGACAAGCUAGAGCACUCUGAUUAUCAAACAAGAAAGUUGUUAGUAAAAGAAACUAAAAAAGUGUCAAAAGACUCUGGGUCAGGGUCUCUUUCAGUAAGUGAAGCAGACUCAGGGAAUAUAGAUUAUGAGUUUUCUAAAGAACUCCAAAAUGUAUUUCAGCUUUCUGAUACCAAUUAUGAAUUAUACUCAUAUUUCUCUGAGUCUCAGAGGGAUUUAAAAGGGUCCCCUAGUGAAAAGAGAGUUGUAGAUCUGUCCUCAGAGUUGAUGAAACAUGAAGAUAAAGAAGCCCAGCCCUGCAAAAAAACUGACCUACAAUUUGAGUAUCUUAAAUGGAGCCCAGAGAAAGUUGCAGAGUGGAUUAGCCAGCUAGGCUUCCCUCAAUACAAGGAGUGUUUUACAACAAACUUCAUCAGUGGCCGAAAGCUCAUCCAUGUAAACUGCUCAAAUCUCCCUCAGAUGGGGAUAACAGAUUUUGAGGACAUGAAGGUAAUUUCUCAGCAUACUCGGGAGCUACUGGGAAUUGAAGAGCCAUUAUUCACACGCUCCAUCAGCCUUCCCUACAGGGACAAUGUUGGCUUAUUUUUAGAGCAAAAAGGUCAUACUGGAGUUAAAUCUGAUUCCUUAACCUUGUCUGAAUUUGUGCAAGAGGCAAGAUUACAGGAUUAUGCUCCAGAAAUAACCACCCCUGAAGAGGAUGGGACAUUAUAUUCCACUGAACCAUAG